AAAAAAAAGUAAAAGGGGGAAAUUCGACAAUGCUAAAAAUAAGGUCGUUCCUCACGCUCCUAGUAUUCGCCUCUCUCGGGCUUCUAACCUACACAACGUACCAAUACCGGGACAAUUUCCGUGACCGCAGCGUCACCAACUUCACCAAUGAUCCCUCCCCAGAAGAAGACAGCGGAAUGUUCCACAACCUCCUCGCCAACAACCUCUCAAACCUUUGGCAAGGCGACACCCACGUAGUAAUGGGUAAAAUGGCCAACGAAACACUCCGCGCGCAACUCGGCCGCCGCACCUGGUACCUAAUGCAUGUCAUGGCGUCCCGCUACCCGACAGACCCAACGGCGGAUGAAAGAGGAGCGAUGAAAAGCUUUUUGUUCUUGUUGUCGCGGUUGUAUCCUUGUGGGGAUUGUGCGCAUCAUUUUCAACAGCAUUUGAAGAAGCAUCCGCCGGUGGUUGACUCUAGGGAUAAGUUGGAACAGUAUUUGUGCACUAUGCACAAUGUUGUUAAUAAGUCGUUGAAGAAACCUGUCUUUGAUUGUGCUGUUGUGCAUGAGACUUAUGACUGUGGGUGUGGGCCGGAUAACGUCAGAUAUAACCCUAAAGCCGUGAACUAGAAAAAUGCGUUUUUUUGUCUUUUUUUGGGUGAACUUUUUUUUUCUUUAAUCUUACAAUUUUUUAUUUAUUUGCAUCUUUACUGCUCAGUUACUUGCUUGAGCAAGCUCCUUUUUUCAGGGUGGUAUAUGUGCAACAGGGUUGAUGAGUUUGAAGAUGCUCUGAUUUGAUUUGCUUUGGGUUUGAGCGCAGCAAUACAUCACAAGUGUCAUCUAUUUAAAUUUUUCUAAUUUUUAUUAUUCUCAGCAUGUGUGGACAAAACAAUGCUUAAAAUAAAUGAGUGGCCUUGCACAGUACUUUUUAUUUAAUUAAACGGCGUCUU